CGUCGAGUCUGGUGGUUGGAGGAUCGAUCUCCUCCGUCAGUGUAAUCCAGUCUCUCCAGCCGGCCGACAUGGCGUCUGCGAGGACGUUUAUAUGCUCCAGAACAACCUGCAUCUGAAGCGGCUCUCAGCGCUCAUCACAAUAUCACCAUUUCUAUCAGUUGCUUUCGGGCAAGCGCACGUAGUGGAUAACGUGGAUUUAUAGCUAGGGCUGAGUGAGGAAGACAAUGGCGGAACAAGGCCAGAUAUCUUUGGCAGGGCAGAGGUUAGGGGCACCAGAGACUCUGGGCAUCAGCACCCUGGAGCCCGGACACAGACCGCCCGCUAUGCCGCCUGGACGACUGAUACCCGUCAGAGUCCUGCUGCUGGAUGACUCAGAGGAGACAUUCGACAUCUCUCAACGAUCAUCAGGACGGGUUCUCUUUGAAAUGGUCUGCUCACAUCUCAACCUCAUCGAGGGGGAUUAUUUUGGCCUAGAGUUCCAGGACCAUCACAGAAGGAUGGUUUGGUUGGAUUUACUAAAGCCCAUUAGAAAGCAGAUCAUACGGCCCAAGCACACCGUCCUUCGGUUUGUUGUGAAAUUUUUCCCUCCUGAUCAUUCCCUUCUGCUGGAGGAGCUGACCAGGUACUUGUUUGCACUGCAGGUCAGGCAGGAUCUGGCCAGCGGACGGCUCACCUGUAGCGACGCCAGCGCUGCUCUUUUGGUAUCUCAUAUCAUCCAAUCUGAGAUUGGUGAUUUUGAAGAGACAACAUGUAGACAACAUCUGCUCAACACCAACUACAUUCCUGAUCAGAUGGCCCUGAUGGACAAAAUCAUGGAGUUCCACCAUAAACAUGUUGGGCAGACUCCAGCAGAGUCAGACAACCGAUUGCUGGAGGUGUCGUGCAAGUUGGAGAUGUACGGCAUCCGACUCCACCCGGCUAAAGACAGAGAGGGAACAAGACUCAGUCUGGCUGCAGCACACAGUGGCGUCCUUGUGUUUCAGGGACACACAAGGAUCAACAAAUUUAACUGGUCAAAAGUACGCAAGCUGAGUUUCAAGAGAAGGAGGUUCCUUAUCAAACUGAGAGCAGACCCUAGUCAGAAUGUUAAUCAAGAUACUCUGGAGUUCUUGAUGGCGAGUCGCGACUGCUGUAAAGUGUUCUGGAAGAUCUGUGUGGAGUAUCAUGCCUUCUUCAGGCUAUUUGAAGAGCCCAGACCCAAACCCAAACCAGUGCUGUUCAGCAGGGGCUCUUCAUUCAGGUUCAGUGGCCGGACACAGAAGCAGGUGAUAGAUUAUGUGAAGGAAAAUGAGUUUAAAAAACUGCCAUUUGAUAGGAAAUAUAGUAGAGUGCAGUUCAACAGUAGCCUGUCAUCUCUACCUUCUGCACUCCAUCAACAAGCUGGGAAGCAGAGCUGGGAGGGCUUAUUUUUUGUGAGCUCAGAAGAUUCUGCUGUUUUAAGAGCAUAUGGAAACUCCUCCCCCUCAACCCAGCGCAACGGAUGCAGCAACCAAAUGCACCCCGUUCAAGAGGAUGGCAGAAGUCUGGCAGCUAAACAUCAGCCCGUCGAUCAAGCAGAGGUGACGUGUGCUCUGGUAACAUUAGUUAACGGUCACGCUGAGGACUGCAGGGGAGUGACUCCAUCUCCUCUCAUCUCACCCAUGCUGAAUGGCAGCACUGCCAUACGCACUGAGGAUGAGGAGGACAACAGGAGGAAGAUCUGGCCAGCUGAUAAUGCAUUCUUCAUAGCUAAAGAGCUGUUGAGCACUGAGAGGACUUACCUGAAGGACCUGGAGCUGAUCACAGUGUGGUUUCAGAGAGUGUUGGAGAAGGAAGAGUGUGUUCCUGACUCUCUCAAGACUCUGUUGAAUUCCACCUAUGAGCCGCUACACACACACCACACACACUUCCUCCAGGAGCUUGAGGAGAGACUUUCACUCUGGGAAGAUCGAUCCAGUGUGCAGGUUAAAGGUGAUUUUCAGCGUAUAGGAGACCUGCUGCUGAAGACAACACAGGACCUGAAGUCCCUCUCAUGUCAGCUACAGAUGAACUCAGAGUGUGUGUAUGAGCUGGAGAGAGUGUGUGCUGUGUCCCAGAGGCUGGAGUUUGUUUGUCGUGAGUUUGAGCUUCAGAAAGUGUGUUACAUCCCGUUAAACGUGUUUCUGCUGAGUCCUCUACAUCGACUGCUGCACUACAGACUGAUACUGCAAAGACUCUGCAAACACUAUCUGCCAACACACAGCGACUACAGCGACUGCAAAGCUGCAUUAACUGAUGUGUAUGAAUUGGAGGCUGGGCUUCAUUCUGGUCUGGUGGAGAUGGAGAGCUAUCAGAAACUCCUGGAGCUUCAGAAGGAUUUGUCUGGUGUUCAGAAUCUGGCCGUGGCUGGACGUCAUCUCAUCAGACUGGGCUGCCUCAGCAAGCUCUCUGGGAAAGGCCUUCAACAGCGCAUGUUCUUCCUGUUUAAUGACGUCCUGUUGUACAGCACUCGAGGGAUAACAUCAACCAAUCAGUUUACAGUACACAGACAACUUCCUCUGCACGGCAUGACAAUCCGGGAGAGUGAGGAUGAAUGGGGGGUGCCGCACUCCUUCACACUGAUGGUUCAACAGCAGUCACUGGUGGUCGCUGCAUGUUCAGAAUCAGAAAUGGAGAAAUGGAUGGAGGACUUAAAGAUUGCUGUUGAUAUGGCUGAAGAAUCGAGUGGACCGACCUCUGUCCUGCUGGUGUCAAAUAAGGAAGCCAGUAAAUGCUCAGGGGUGUCUGAAGUGGAAUCAGAGGAUGAUCUCAGUGGGUCUCAAACAUCUAUGCCGCAACACGGCAACAACUCAGCCAACACACUUCACCGCGGCAACACUACAGCACAUGUUUGUUGGCAUCGCAACACCAGUGUUUCCAUGAUGGACUUUAACAUAGCGAUGGAGAACCGGCUCUCAGGAAAUCUGCUGAGAAAGUUUAAGAACAGUAACGGCUGGCAGAAACUCUGGGUGGUUUUUACCAAUUUCACACUGUUCUUCUACAAAACACACCAGGAUGAGUAUCCAUUGGCCAGUCUGCCAUUGCUGGGCUAUACAGUAACAGAUGCUGGCGAGUCAGAAAACAUUCAUAAAGAUCAUGUCUUCAAACUGCAUUUUAAAUCUCACAUCUACUACUUCAGAACUGAGAGUGAAUAUUUUUUUGAGAGAUGGAUGAUGGUAAUAAGGAGCGCAACAGUCUCUGCAAGGAGAAUCCGCUAUCUGAACAGAACAGAACCCGACUGAUAUGGACAGAACCCCACAGAAUCUGCUGUCUGAACCCGAGAGAACACCAGAGAGAACAACCCGAGAGAAACCACCAGAGCCAUGGAGCCUUAGGGAGCAAACAUCUGAGUGUCUUUGUGUGUUUUUUUGUUUUUGACAAUGUCGCAUUUGUGACUGACUAUUUUAUCAUAAUAAUAUGUCAUUAAAGGGGAAUAACGCCAUUUCAUUUCUGAGCCCCUAAAAUAAUUUCUUCAGUAAAAAUAUCAGCUUCUGACAGGAUUCAACCCUAUUAUUUGUAUAUCUUCUUAUUUGUUUGUACAACACAGAACUGUCUAUUUUCCUUGGAACAUGUAAGGAGAUAUUUUGAAGAAUGUCCUGGGUGCUCUUCCAUACAUGAAUAUAAAUGAGGACUGGGGCUGUUAACCUUCAAAAAGACAAAAGGUCACAAUAAAAGUACCAUAAAAAGUAGUAUGAAAUACUAUGGUAUGACUUAAGAGGGCAUAGAAUAUAGUCUACUUGUCAUAUGCCACUUUUUUUUUUUGGAGCUUGACCGCCAGUCAUUCAUUUAGAAGACAACAUUUUAGACAUUCUGCAAAAUAUCUUAUUAUAAAUACCUAUUCCACAGGAGAACAAAAAUCAAACAGGGUUAGAACAACAUGAGUGUGUGCAAAAGAUGACAACACUUUCUAUCACUUUUAAAGUGAAGAAAAAUGUUGUGAGUUAAAAAAAAAAGAAAAAAAGAUUCAGAGCAAAACAGCAGAAUCAAAUAGUUUUUGUGGCAGUAGUGAAAUGUUUAAGGCUGUCUGGCCAAUAAAAGGUUACUGGCUGAAUGCCAGGUGUGGGCGAGUCAACCUGGAGAAGUACCAAGUUCCUUUAUCACCACUGUGCCAGUAGGCAGGGUUUCUCCAGGGAACUAGCCUGCUAUUAGCCACUUUGGAUCAAAAGGCUAGUGACCUUAUGACCAAAAAUGUAUGGAUUUCAUAUAUGCAUUUACAUUUGUGCUGAAAAGUUUGCAUACCAUCAGUGAGCCACCACCAUGCUUCACAGUGGGAAUGGUAUUCUUUUCACUAUAGGCCUUGUUGACCCCUCUCUAAACAUAGCGCUUAUGGUUGUGACCAUAAAGCUCUAUUUUGGUCUACCUGACCUUGGCUUGGUAUCAAGAGAUCCCUGAAUUUUCCACUUCUUAAUAAGUGAUUGAAUAAUGACUGGCAUUUUCAAGGCUUUGGAUAUCUUUUGAUGUCCUUUUCCAUCUUUAUAAAGUUCCAUUACCUUGUUACGCAGGUCUUUUAUCAGUUCUUUUCUGCUCCCCAUGGCUCAGUAUCUAGCCUGCUCAGUGCAUCCACGUGAGAGCUAACAAACUCAUUGACUAUUUAUACACAGACACUAAUUGCAAUUUAAAAAUCCACAGGUGUAGGAAAUUAACCUUUAAUUGCCAUUUAAACCUGUGUGUGUCACCUUGUGUGUCUGUAACAAGGCCAAACAUUCAAGGGUAUGUAAACGUUUGAUCAGGGCCAUUUGGGUGAUUUCUGUUAUCAUUAUGAUUUAAAAAGGAGCCAAACAACUAUGUGAUAAUAAAUGGCUUCAUAUGAUCACUACCCUUAAAUAAAAGACAGUUUUGUUUUUUGUUUUUUUUGCAUGAUCAGUCACAUUUUCAAAAUCAAUGCCAAAAUUUCACAAUUUCUGCCAGGGUAUGCAAACUUUUUGGGCCUCCGGUAUUCCUGAGAUGAAGGGUGCUAUAUUCACAGGAUGUUUUAUUAUUGGAUAUGAAUGGUUUUUAAUCUGACAGCAACAUCUGCUGAAGCUUUGAGGCAGUAUAAAGCCUGUAUUGAGGCUAUUAUCUCUAGAGACCAUUUUAAGUGCUCAGAAAACUGAAAAUGAAAACGUUAUUAAAGGCUUGGAAAUAAAGAAAGAGGUGCAAUUCCCCUUUAAACACAUGACUUUCCCAUAAACAUACAGGUGCUUUUUUACUGGUUGUGCUGUGUCCAUUAGUGUAGAAAACAUCUGUGCAUUUUUACUAGCCUUUUACAGAAUAUUUAUGUAUUUGUGAAAUUUCUGGCCAUAAGUGUCACUUGUUGCCUCUAAAAGGAGGACGGUCUGUUAAGUGCCAUGAUUUUUAUAGUACAAUUUUCUAUGUUUCUAUGUUUUAGACUUUGUUUCUAUCCACUAAAACCAUGUUGGGUUACAGAAGUCAAAGUGCCAAAACCAUUUUGUAUUUCUGUUUACAUUAUUGACUAUUCAGUCCAAAAUGGAAACAAAGAUGUUAUAAAUUUGGGCUUUACAGGCAAAUUACAGAGUACAUUUUUUUCAAAAUAUAAAUUUUGACAAACUUUAUUGAAGCUUAUAUUUGUACAGUUAAAGUGCCAUUAAGAGUGUAACACAUAAAAAUGUAUUUUAUAGUAUGCCAUUUAUUUGUCACCAUUUAGCAUUUAAAAAUUAAGAAAGAGUGAUAUUUUUUUUUUAUUUGAGGGUGUGAGAAAAUUGGUGUCACUGUCAUCUUCAGAAGAUAGCUAUCUAAUAAUAGACUUUUCACUAAAUUAAGAAAUACCAGACACAGAAUACAUGGAAACACUCUAAGAAUUAAUGCAAAGCCACAGCCAUGUAUUACAGGUUAGUUUAGUCCACAGGGAAAGUAUAGCUUUAAAGUGUGCUGAUAAACCUUAUCUUUUAGUUUCAUAAUGCCUAAACACUGCUUACAUAGGAGUUUGUUGGAAAUGAAGGCAAUAAAACCUCA